UGACAGUUUACAUUAUGGUGAUCUUAUAAGAAUCGUCAACAUUAAUCAAUUAUAAAUAUGUCUCAUAAGGGAACAAUUAAAAAGAAUUUAACAGCUAAAGAUGGACAAGAACCAAAUAUUAAAUUUAAAUCAAAAAAUUCAUUACCUCAUAAAGAGUCAGAAAAUUUUGAACAAUUAGAUUUAAAAUUGAUAAAAAUGUCACAAACUCUUCAAAGAAAAAAGAAUGAUGAUCAUUCAAGAUUAACAUAUAAUUUACAAUCAAACAAAAGCAAUACAAAACAAUCUAUUAAAUCUGCUAAAAUUAUUCCUGUUAAGGAAAGUUUAUCUUCAACAUCAAAACUAAAUGUUAAUAGUCCUAGAUCAUCAAAAAGUAUUUUAACAUCAAAAACAUCAACUGAUUCUACAAAAAAAAUCAAUAAUAUUACUAUAAAAAGUAGUAAAAGUAGUACUGGAAGAAUAAAAAGCAAUUAUUCAGAAAAGAGAGGAUUAAGUACAAUAUAUGUGCCACAAUCACUUUCAAGCAAGCUUAAUGCUAAAUUAUCAGAUAAAAAUUCUAGUUCGACAUCAAAAGACAAAGAACAAAUUAAAGCACAUACAAAUACCUCAGAAGUAACUGAAUCAAAAUUAAAAUCAAGAGAACGUAAAUUGUCUAGAACAUUAAGUCCUAGUGAAAUAAAAAUGUUACAUUCUGCUAAAAAUAGAUUAGAUUCAUUACAGAAAAUGGAUCAAAAUAAAGAAGAACAAGCAGAUUAUGAAUAUGAUUAUGAAGAUGAUUUUGAAGAUUAUGAGUCUGAUUUUCAAGAAUGCACAGAUAGUGAAUCAUCUGAAGUUAGUGAAGAAACAAAUAAUUAUACUAAUUUAUCACUAGAUCCAAUCGAAUUACAUACUACAAAACAACACAAAAUUGUGAACAGUACUGAAUCAAAAGAAGAAGAACAUAUGCAUGAUUCUGGUCAUUAUGAACUUACAGAAGCAAGAAAAAGAGCAGCAAGAAUAGAAUUAAUUACAAAUGAUCCAAAAUUAUCUUCUCUUCUUGAAAUAAAACAACCAGUUAAUAAAUCAUAUAGUGAAGACAAAUCAGAAAAUAAAUCAUUACCAUUAUCUACUGAUGAAGGAUUUGAAGAUAGUCGUUCCGGUGAUUUUACAAAAUUACCAUCAAUUUCACAAAUUUCAUUUAUUAAUUUCCAUAAAGUAAAAGAAAAAAAAAAAACAAAGAAAUCUAAAAGAGCUUUAAGUAGAGGUGAAGAACUUUUAGAAAUGAUAAAAUUAGAUGUUAUGGAGUGGUCUCUUUUGGAAUGUUUACCUAUACCAUAUGAAGAAUUUAUUAGAAAUUAUGGAAAAUUAAAUACUCAACAAAUAUCAACACAAACUGGUGAAGAUAAUAUUGAUAUAGAAAUACAAACGGAGAAAAUUAUAUUUAAAAAUAAGUGGACUCAAUUCCCUAUAACUUGCAGAAAUAAUAUACAAACCAAGGAAGAUUUAGACUUGUUUCGUAUGGAUCAAAUUGGAACUGGUAGCGAUAAUGAUAUAGAAACUGUGAAUUCUUUAUUAUUACAAUCUUUUGAUAUAUUACGAUUAAAUGAUUUUAUAAAUCGCGCAGGAAAAGUAAUAUUAUCUUUACUGGAAGAAAGACGAUCUGGUGGUAAUGUAUUUAAAAAUGAAAAAGAAAUACCAUUCAGUGAUGGUAUUGUUAAACUUUGUAUAAAUUCUGUAACAUUUCUGGCUGGUAGAACAGUAACAAUAAUUCAUUAUUCUGAAGUCCUAAAUAAAAUCUUGUUGACUAUUCAUUCUCCAGUCGAAGAAGAAAUUGAAACAUCCAACAAACAAGAUUAUAUAACUGAUUGUUGUAUUGGAUGUAUUUGGAAUAUUUCUGAACCAUCUAUGCCAAUUAAAUUAUUUUAUUCUAUCUGUCCUAUUACUGCAUGUUGUUUCCAUUCGGCAAAUUAUAAUAUUAUAUUUGGUGGAUUGCAAGAUGGAUCAAUAAGUCUCUGGGAUUUAAAAGAAGAUGAAAUGUGGCAUCACAAAAUUACAGAUAAAGCCAAUAAUUUAGAUUGGACAAUACGAAUACCCACAUACACAACAGCAACAAAUAUUGAUAUAAAUAUUCAUACUACACAAAUCGUUGCAGUACGUGUAUUAUCUAAAAUUGAAGAAAAAUCAUUAGUACGACGUAACAAUAAAUUUAUACCAAUACAGAUAUGUAGCUUAAAUGAAAAUGGUACUCUUAUUAUAUGGAGUGUUUUGCAUAAUAUGGGCAAAAAUAUUGAGGAUUUAGGACUAUCAUUUUGGGGUACUAUAAAACUUGUUAAAAGUCAAGAAUUGUUUUUACAAUCUAAUCAUAAAAAAAAGAUCAAUGCAGCUACUUUUAUUGAUAUACACGUGGAUUGUAUUAAUAGUAACAAUUUUUAUAUUGCUACUAAUAGUAACAAUAUUUUGCAUGGUACUUGUAUUGGUAAAAAAACUAAUCCUGCUAUAUACACAAAGUUGGAUACUAGUGCCUGUGGAAAUGUAACUUAUAUAGAAAGUUGUCCAUUUGAUUAUUCAUUUUUUCUGGUUAGCUGUGAUGAUGGAACAAUUCGGUUGCACUCUUUAAAUACUGAAAAACCAAUUUUACAAUUAAAAGAUGAAGACAGUACAUAUAUGAUUAAAUCAAUACAAUGGUCACGGUCAAAACCAUUUACAUUUUUUGUAUUAGAUAAUAAAUCAUGCAUACAUAUAUGGGACUUAAGUAAUAGUGAUAUAUAUCCAACAUAUAAAAUAAAUAUGCAAAAAAAUGGAAAUAUAAAAAGUAUGCAAUUAUCAUAUUGUAAAACAAAACGAGAUAUGUCUCAUCAAUACUUGGCAUUUGGUAUAGAAUCUGGAGAUGUAGAAAUACACAAAUUAAAAACAAAUUUUUAUCACUCAAAAAAAGAAGAUUAUUUAGAAGAAUUAAAUACUUUUAUGCGAUAUAUUGCAAUUUUAUAAUUAAGAUAAAAUCAUUAAUAGAAACUAUUCAAAA